UUUUGGUUUCUGUUUUAGGCGUCGUACGGGCAAAGAGCUAUGCUAGCUGGUGAAGAAUGGUUACGAAGCCGAGGAUUGCUGUGGGUGCUAUGCGGGUUGCUGGCUAUCUCGUUUGCAGGCGCCCGCACCAACCUCGCCGGGAAAAUCAAGGCGGGGCUUGUCAGACACGGUAUCAUCCCGGAGAUCAUGAUGAAGUCACCUAAAUUUCAUGCCUACGUUGCCUUCGGGAAGAAAUACUCUGCCAGAUUUGGAAACUUGAUCCCGAUAGAAGCAGUUGGUAAUCGGCCAACUACAAUGAAAUGGAAGACGAAAUUUCGUGAAAAUGCCGUGUAUACUCUCAUCGCUAUGGAUUUGGACGCAAUUCCGAAGGCGCAUCGUUGGGACGAGACGGAGUUUGAACGGCUUCUCUGGUUGGUCGUCAACAUCCCUGCAAGCCGCGACGUGAACGUGACCAUGGGGAAGACGCUUGCACCGUACAUACCCCCCACCCUCGACCCGAUUAAAGGAGAGGAUCAUCGGAUUCUCUUCAUUAUAUUUGAACAACCUGGCGGCAAUAUGAAUUUCACUUUCCCAGUUUUAGAUGCCAAGCCGGACGACCCGCGACGGACGGAAUUCAACGUCCAUAAAUUCGUAGAUGAGCAUAAACUGGAUCUCCCGGUGGCGACCAACUUCUACACGACGCGAGAAGGACUCCUGGAGGCAGAGAAGGCGGCCGCUAAAAAGAAGCCCAAGAUGACCCUCAAUGACACGGAGGGCGUCAAGGACGUCAAAGACGUCAAAGACGUCAAAGGCGAAACCACCACCAUCGUCUACCUCGACGUCACGGCCGAAAGGUUCAACCCCCACGAAGAGGAAGAGGACGAGAUGGAGAUUGAGGUUGAAUAUUAGCAGAGCCUCCCUCGUGCUUACACGGAGAGGGAAGGAUCGGCACUCUUGUAAUCUGCCGUACUAAGGUAAAACACCGUAUGAACAUUCGAGAGUUGCCAAAUUUCCUCCUGUAAAAUGUUAAUUUUUCAGCAGAGUUAAGAAUAUUUUCCUUUGAAAUUCUCAGAUAAUAUAAAUUGAAUUGUGAUUGAAAUUCUGUAAGAAAUUGGUAGAAAAAUAUCCACGAGUUUUCCAGAAAUUUUGCAAUUUAACGAAGGAAAUUUGGCAACGCCUGAAGGCUCAUACGGCCUUUUUCCUUAGCAUGGUAGUAAUGCUUACAGUCAAUUCUAGGUCCUAUCAACUUUUCUCCUCGUAGUUUCGAUAGAAGCAUCGUUGAAGUCAACAUAAUACUGCCGCGCUAAGCAGUGGCGAGGCGUGAAUGAUCGAUUAUCGAUAUUUCCCCAUUUGAAGCUGUGUCAAAGAAUCGAUUAUUAAGGUGUUCGUUGCGUACACCCUGACUAUCGAUUCCUUUUCCAUAGGUUUAAAUGGCAGAUAAAUCCAUACAUCGCAAAGAGCGCCACGCCACUGCCGCAUGCCGUGCUAAGGAAAACACCGUACACGCCUUCGGACGUUGCCUCUUUCCUUCAAUAAAAAACAAAUUUACUGAGAACAUUGCGAAUAUUUUUCUUAAAUAUUUUCAGAACAUUAUGUCCGCAAUUUAACCUGAAAUGCCUGAACAUUUUCAAGGGAAAACAUGCAUGACUUUCUCAAAAAUAUAUUUUUAUCCCGGGAAAAUGUGGCAACUCGCGGAUACGGGUUCUUCUGUAGCACGGCAGGAUGGGCUUACAAAAGCUCUUAGCGGCAAAAAAAUCGAUUCUCAUCGAAUUAAGACGUGUAUAUCUAAAACUUCGGAAGUUUUUCACCCAGGUAACGCAUAUUUCAUUAAAUUGCGAUUAUAUGGCAAAAUCGGGUUACAUUUUGCAAUAAAGAACCACUAUUUCUGGCCAAUUUUAGAAACAACAUACAUGCCAUUGGGUUUCCUAUGCAGAUAUGUGCCUUUAUGGGAGAGCCAGAGAUAGUGGUUUCUUAUUGCAAAAUGUAGUCCAAUUAUUGCUACUGUAUCGGAGUGGUAUGUACGUUGCCUAUCUUCUGAUUGAAGGGGCUCCUCUUGUUGAAAUUCAUUGCAAUGAAAGUAAUUGGAUUAGGUACAUUUUGCAAUAAGGAACCACUAUCUUCGGCUCCUCUACAAAAGCACCUUUUUGUAUAGGGAAACCAAUGGCAUAUGUGUUGUUGCUAAAGCUCUUAACGGUACAUAGACUAAUUUUCAUCGGAUUUAAGGACGUGCACGUUUAAAGAUUCUGGAAGUCUUCCACUUAAUAUUCAAAUCAAAUCUACACACGCCUCCUGUUAUUAAUAUCGGGCUGAGACCGCAAUAAUUUGUUACCGCGAAAGUAACAAUGUAACCUCGGCUAGAAAAUCUGAUAGGAUCUGGGAUCCACUGUGGUAGGAUUUUAAGCAUUAUGAAUCUUUUUAGUGAUCCGUGAUAUAGUCCGGUAGUUAUGCGCGAUAGCUUUUACCAUGUACAGUGUAAAAUAAAACAAAAUUUCACAAACGGGUCAGAGUUUUGAAUUUGUAAAUUUUUUUGUGAGAAUAUAAUACACGUUUACAUUUUCGUGAGAAAA